GGAUUCACGAAGCGUGAAGAAAUAGGAAGGGAGGCUAGAAAAAGCGAUGCACCAUGCGCUGGUUGCUCGAAUGCGUGCGUAACGCACGAGAUCGCGACUCUCGCCUUACAACUGGAGCAAAUAUAUUACUUGGUGAUCAACGACACGCAUCAGUAGUUCGUGUGCUACGGUAAACUAAAUACGCGUGCCGUGAUUUCAGCACGGACGUUAUCGUUUCGCGAGGAAAUCGAUGGGACAAAAGUCGCUGUCGAAGAACACGAGGAUCUGCUGUUCGUCGUUGAAACGGUAACAGAUUCCUCGUCCUUUAUUCGCUUGCUGACACUACGAAGACGGAUCAGAUUCAGAUAUGAUCGAAGUCGAAAAAUGAAGGCAAAGAUGAAUCGGGUGGUUCUGAUAUUCGGUUUUUGGAUCACGUUGUCGUUGGUGAGUAUCUGUGAGACGAGUAACGACACGUGGAACAAAAUUCGCGAGAAGAAAGCGCGGAUAGUGAAGAAACUGAAGAAGGACUUCCGGAAGUUGAAGAAACAGGAAGGUGCGGUGAAGCUGGUGGGUGGCGAGAAUGAAUACGAAGGAAACGUGGAAAUACUUCACGACGGGAAAUGGGGUAGCGUGUGCGACGACGAAUGGGAUUACUUGGAGGCCAAUGUGGCUUGCAGGCAAUUAGGCUUCGACGGUGCAAUUAAACCGACGACGAACGGCCACUUCGGUCAGGCGAGAAGAAAAUACUGGAUGGACAACGUGUAUUGCGAUGGAAGCGAGGAGGAACUGUUUAAAUGCCGGUUCGACGGAUGGGGCAGGUCCGACUGUGAAAGCAGCGAGGCGGCCGGUGUAAUUUGCGCUCGCGACCAGCAGGACCGACGGGAUAGGGGCGCGAUAAGGGACGAGGUGAAAGCGAAGCCGGAGAAGCAGAGGAUCAAGGAUAUCCAUCGGCAGGGAGUGGCGAUAAGGCUCGCCGGUGGUCGUGUUCACAGCGAGGGCAGGCUCGAAGUGAAACUGGGAAACUCAGAUUGGGGCGUUGUCUGCGGCGACGGCUGGUCCCUGUUCGAAGCGGCCGUGGUUUGCCGGCAAUUGGGCCUAGGUUACGCCUCCGACGCCGUCCAGACGAACUUUUUCGGCGGCGAGAAGAUGCCCAUGGCCAUCAGCGGUGUGCAAUGUCACGGGGACGAGAACAGUCUCGUCGACUGUCUGCACGACAAGGUCCUGGACUGUCCAGGUUCCGUGGAAAACGUAGCUAGCUUGGUCUGUCUCCGAGAUAUGCCGGACCUCGUGUUCGAUCAUAUAGAGCUUAUGCGAACGGCUCACCUGGAGGACAGGCAACUGUUCUGGUUGCAGUGCGCAAUGGAGGAGAACUGCGUCGCUUCUCAGGCUUAUAGGAUUCAAAAGGAAUCGGAGAACUGGCACCUGGAGACCAGAAGAUUGUUACGAUUUACUGCGAGGAUUCUAAACGCUGGGACCGCGGAUUUCCGGCCGUCAGUGCCGAAACAUCUCUGGGAAUGGCACAUGUGUCAUAUGCAUUACCACUCGAUGGAGGUGUUCGCCACGUUCGACGUGUUAGACCUGAACGGUAGCAGGCUCGCCGAGGGGCACAAAGCGUCCUUUUGCCUCGAGGACAAUCAAUGCCUGCCCGGAAUCGAGCCGAGGUACAAAUGCGCCAAUUACGGUGAUCAAGGAAUUUCCGUGAAUUGCACCGACGUGUAUAGACACAAUAUCGAUUGCCAGUGGGUGGACAUAUCGGAACUCACACCUGGAGAAUACGUCUUUAAGGUCGCGGUGAAUCCUGAGUUCAAAGUGGGCGAGAUGUCGUUCGACAAUAACGCGGCAAUUUGUCGCCUCCGCUACACGGAAUCGUUCGCCGCGGUGCACGGUUGCGUCAUGGGCCGGCCUUGACACGGCCACUUAUGAUAAUCGCGGAAAAGUAACGAAGCGCUAUCACGCGACGCGACUUAUCGCGCACGCUAAUUAAGAUUCUCGUAAACAAUAAAGAGAAUCUCUCAGCUCUCGUAA